CAGGCGGCAGCAGAGCAGUAACGUGGUAACUUCAGGAGCAGAACCUCAACUUUCUUAUCCGUGAGCGCAGCUAAAGUGUUCCCAGCGAACAAAGCUGCCGCCACGAUGCUUGUUUUGUUUGAAACCGCAGCUGGAUAUGCCAUCUUCAAGGUCCUCGAUGAAUCCAAACUGCAGCAGGUCGACAGCCUCUACAAGGAGUUUGAAACUCCUGAGAAAGCCAAUAAAGUUGUGAAGCUGAAGCACUUUGAGAAGUUCCAGGACACGACCGAUGCCUUAGCAGCUGCCACCGCCCUCGUGGAGGGAAAAAUCGGCAAGAGUUUGAAGAAAGUCUUGAAGAAAGUUGUUGCCAAGGAAGCACACGAGCAGCUGGCGAUCAGCGACGCCAAACUGGGCGGAGUUAUCAAAGAUAAGCUGGACCUGAACUGCGUGCACAGUCCCGCCGUGGCCGAGCUGAUGCGAUGCAUCAGGAGUCAGAUCGAGAGCCUGGUCACCGGCCUGCCCCCCAAGGAGAUGAGCGCCAUGUCUCUGGGUCUGGCUCACAGUUUGUCGCGCUACAAGCUGAAGUUCAGUCCGGACAAGGUGGACACGAUGAUCGUUCAGGCCAUCUCGCUCCUCGACGACCUUGACAAGGAGCUCAACAACUACAUCAUGCGCUGCAGAGAGUGGUACGGCUGGCACUUCCCCGAGCUGGGCAAGGUGGUCACAGACAACCUGGCCUACUGCAAAACCGUCCGCAAAAUAGGUGACCGGACGAACGUGGCGGGCUCUGACCUGUCGGACAUCCUGCCAGAGGAGAUCGAGGCCGAGGUCAAGCUGGCGGCCGAGAUCUCCAUGGGAACGGAGGUGUCCGAGGAGGACAUCGGCAACAUCAGGCACCUGUGCGACCAGGUCGUGGAGAUCACCGAGUACCGCGCUCAGCUCUACGACUACCUGAAGAACCGCAUGAUGGCGAUCGCCCCCAACCUGACGGUCAUGGUGGGCGAGCUGGUCGGCGCCCGGCUCAUCUCGCACGCCGGUUCUCUUCUGAACCUGGCCAAGCAUCCAGCCUCCACGGUGCAGAUCCUCGGAGCAGAGAAGGCUCUGUUCAGGGCGCUGAAGACCCGCAAGGACACGCCCAAGUACGGCCUCAUAUACCACGCCUCCCUGGUGGGCCAGACCACCGCCAAGAACAAGGGCAAGAUCUCCAGAAUGCUCGCCGCCAAAACGUCCCUGGCUAUCCGCUACGACGCCCUCGGAGAAGACACCAACGCAGAGAUGGGAGCGGAGAACCGAGCCAAGCUGGAGGCCAGGCUGCGCAUGCUGGAGGACAAAGGAAUCCGAAAAAUCAGUGGUUCAGGCAAAGCUAUGGCAAGAGCCGACAAAUACCAGCACAAGAGCGAGGUGAAGAUGUACGACCCGUCUGGGGACUCCACCAUCCCCUCCACGUCAAAGAAGAGGAAGUUCGAGGAGGUGGAGGAGGAGGAGGAGGCCGGAGAGGAGCCCGUCACGCCGGCCGUCAAAGCCAAGAAGCCCAAGAAGGAGCCCGGAGUGGCAGAAGAGGCAGAGGCAGCGGAGGAGACGCCCAAGAAGAAGAAGAAGAAGAAGAAGGACAAGUCCGCCGAGGCCGAACAGGAGGAGCCGGCGGUGAAGGAGGAAGUGAAGGAGGAAGAGGAGGAGGAGGCGGUGGCCUCACAGCCGGCAGCUGAGUCCUCGGAGAAGAAGAAAAAGAAGAAAAAAAAGAAGGUGAAGGAGGAGGAAGAAGAUGAAUGAACGAAAGGGGAACGACCUGUAUAUAUUUUCUAUUUUACUUUUUAUGUCUUCAGAGGUCUUCGGGAGUCAAACGGACUGAUUUAUAUCUGCAGCGAAAUCUGAAAAUUGUGCUCUAAGUUUGUAGCUCUAUUACAAAGUUGUGUUGACUUUUCAAUUUUUCCAGCUUUUUUUUUGAGACCGUCGGUUUCAUUCUGAGACAUCAACACACCGCUCGCAUAUUUACAUGUGCUCCCGAACAAUAAAUGUUUUCGUU